AUGGACUUCCAAGAGAGGGACUCUCCCUCCCUGGCUGAAAGCACUCAGUCCUCAAAGCCCAGCUGUGCCCAGCAGGCCUCGGAGCUCUGGGAGGUGGUGGAGGAGUCUCGGGGCAGGCUGGAGGCAGAAGUUGUCAUGCCGGAGAGGCAGGAAGGCCACCUGCUCAAGAAGAGGAAGUGGCCUCUGAAGGGCUGGCACAAGAGAUACUUUGUGCUUGAAGAUGGGAUUCUGCACUAUGCAACUACUCGGCAAGAUAUCACCAAGGGGAAGCUCCAUGGCUCCAUUGAUGUCCGGUUGUCUGUCAUGUCCAUCAACAAAAAGGCCCAGCGCAUUGACCUCGACACUGAAGACAACAUCUACCACCUCAAGAUCAAAUCCCAGGAACUAUUCCUGAGCUGGGUGGCCCAGCUUCGUGCCCACCGCCUGGCCCAGCGCCUGGACAUGCCCCGCGGCCUACUGCCCAGCACCACUCACCGAAAGGUUGCUGGUGGCCAGCUUCCAACAUCAGGUAGCACCUCAGCCCUACCUGGAGUCGGACCUCGGGAGAAGGUGUCUUCCUGGCUGAGGGACAGUGAUGGGCUGGACCGAUGCUCCCACGAGCUCUCUGAGUGCCAGGGAAAGCUCCAGGAACUCCACAGACUCCUCCAGAGCCUGGAGUCCCUGCACCGGAUCCCCUCAGCCCCUGUGAUCCCCACACACCAGGCCUCUGGGACAACUGAGAGACCCAAGAAGGGGAAACGGACCAGCCGCAUGUGGUGCACGCAGAGCUUCGCCAAGGACGACACCAUUGGACGGGUUGGUCGUCUCCAUGGCUCUGUUCCCAACCUGUCUCGCUACCUGGAGUCCCGAGACCCCUCGGGCCCUCGCGGGCUGCCACCCCCAGACUACGCCCAUCUGCAGCGCAGUUUCUGGGCCCUGGCCCAGAAGGUGCACAGCUCCCUCAGCAGUGUGCUGGCUGCCCUAACCGCUGAACGGGACCGACUGAGGGACCUGCCCCCAGGCUCGGAGCUCUCAAGGAUGGGGGUCUCUGAGGCCUCAGCUGGCCAGAGGCGCCUCCACUCGCUGUCCAUCUCCUCGGACACCACCGCCGACUCUUUCAGUUCCCUCAACCCCGAGGAGCAAGAAGCUCUGUACAUGAAGGGGCGGGAGCUGACCCCCCAGCUGUCCCAGAGCAGCGUCCUGUCCCUUGCUGAUUCCCACACAGAGUUCUUUGAUGCCUGCGAGGUCCUCCUCUCUGCCAGCUCAUCUGAGAAUGAGGGCUCAGAAGAGGAGGAGUCGUGUACCAGUGAAAUUACCACCAGCCUGUCCGAGGAGGUGCUGGACCUCAGGGGAGCCGAGCACUGUCAGAAAGUGACGAGGCUGGGCUGGGCUCCGGGGGGGUGUGUUCCAGGGAGAGCUGCAGGGCCACCCCGUCGUCGCUGCCUGCCUGCGGCCAGCGGGCCCGGGGCCGACGUGAGCCUGUGGAACAUCCUUCGCAACAACAUUGGCAAAGACCUGUCGAAGGUAUCCAUGCCUGUGCAGCUCAACGAGCCGCUCAACACUCUGCAGCGGCUCUGUGAGGAGCUUGAAUACAGCAGCCUCCUGGACCGGGCCAGCCGCAUCAGUGACCCCUGCGAGCGCAUGGUAUACAUCGCGGCCUUUGCUGUCUCUGCCUAUUCCUCCACGUACCACCGAGCGGGCUGCAAACCAUUUAACCCUGUUCUGGGGGAGACCUACGAGUGUGAGCGGCCUGACCGAGGCUUCCGCUUCAUCAGUGAGCAGGUCUCUCACCACCCCCCGAUCUCGGCAUGCCAUGCAGAGUCUGAAAACUUCAUCUUCUGGCAAGACAUGAAGUGGAAGAACAAGUUCUGGGGCAAAUCCCUGGAGAUUGUGCCAGUGGGGACAGUCAACGUCAGCCUGCCCAGGUUUGGGGACCACUUUGAGUGGAACAAGGUGACGUCCUGCAUCCACAACAUCCUGAGUGGCCAGCGCUGGAUCGAGCACUAUGGGGAGGUGCUCAUCCGGAACACCCAGGACAGCUCCUGCCACUGCAAGAUCACCUUCUGCAAGGCCAAAUACUGGAGCUCCAAUGUCCACGAGGUGCAGGGUGCUGUGUUCAGCCGGAGCGGCCGUGUCCUCCACCGGCUCUUCGGGAAGUGGCAUGAGGGGCUGUACCGGGGACCUCCGCCAGGUGGUCAGUGCAUCUGGAAGCCCAACUCCAUGCCCCCAGACCAUGAGCGCAACUUCGGCUUCACUCAGUUUGCCUUGGAGCUGAAUGAGCUGACGGCAGAGCUGAAGCGGUCACUGCCCUCCACUGACACACGGCUCCGCCCAGACCAGAGGUACCUGGAGGAGGGGAACAUACAGGCUGCCGAGGCGCAGAAGAGAAGGAUCGAGCAGCUGCAGCGAGACAGGCGUAAGGUGAUGGAGGAGAACAACAUUGUCCACCAGGCUCGCUUCUUCAGGCGGCAGACGGACAGCGGUGGGAAGGAGUGGUGGGUCACCAACAACACAUACUGGAGGCUGCGGGCCGAGCCAGGCUAUGGGAACCUGGAUGGGGCUGUGCUCUGGUAG